AUGGGGACCAGGGAGAGGCGGACGGGGAACACUAAGAGAGCGGGGACGGAUGGACUGACAGAGAGCUCAAGAAAUUUGGAACGGACGAGCGGACCCUCAGAGGCGCUGGGGACACUUAGGGUAGAGAGGGGCCGAGAGCAGACGGAUGAGAGCCCCUCGGCCCGCACCACUGGACAAAGGGCCAGACGGAAGGGGUUACGGAGGCACCGGUGGGACUUUCGUCGGCCGGAGCUCAGUUUCUUAGUUUCGGAAACGAGAACCGGAGCGGGGAGGGGAAGGGAGGGACGGCGCGCCCUCGGGGCAGCCCGAUCCUACAGCCCGAUCCUACGGCGGCCCGCACUCACCUCCGGGCGCAGGGCCAGGCGCCAGGGGUCGCGGUGGCUGGGGUCCAGCUCUCGGCGCCGCUCGCGGGAGUGCUCCCGGAGAGGGGUCGGUGCGCGCCAGACCCAGACGGGCCCGGCGGCCGGUGAGUUACCACCCGGGCCUCGGCGCGGCGGGCGAACGCCGGGGGUCGCUCAAGAGAUCCCAGGUCCGCCGCCUCCCGCUCCCGCGCAGCGGCACACGGAAGUGCAAGGGGGCGGGGCGGUGCGACCUCACCCAGGUGCCGGCCCCAGUCUCGGCCCGCCCCCGCCCUGGGCCCGCCCCCACGUAGGCCCGCCCCCUCCGAGGCCCCGCCUCCGCCGGCCGCCCCCGGGGGUCCAGCCGCUCGGCUUCCCCAGGCCCGCCACUCAGUGUCUGGGCCUCUCCGCUGGCUCGAGCACCCCUCACCCACUUAGGACACGAACGGGCCCUCAGAAGGGGCCUCACUUUACUGAGGGCGCGGAGGCCCGGGGGGCGCUUUCCCCACCCUACGCCCCGCACACGGAGCCGGGGAGGCGACAGCGGGGGUUCCCCAGUUCCCAGCGCUGGCGCCCGGGACUCCCUGCCCGCCAGCUGGCCCGCCUCGCCAGGCCUUCGCUCUUUCUCUUCCUGUUGGCUGGAGUGCGGACGCGGCCGGGCUCGGUGCCCGCCGCCAGGCCAGCUAGUCCCGGCUCUGUGCCCGGAGACGAAUGGGAAAACUCCAGGGCCGGAGGCUCUAGUCGGUCCACCGGUGCUGGUCAAACGAUUCUGAGAGCAGCUCCUACCCUGAUUCAUGAGUAUUCCUCCCCCCUGCCCCUGCUUUUCAGAGUUCCCCCAUCACCUCUGGGAGGCUCCUGA